AUGCGUUGGUUCCACUCGAUCUUCUACAAGACUGUGCGCCCCGCAGUUGGGAAAUGCGGGUCUGAGUCAUCCAGUAGUCAGCCACUGGCGACGCAUUACAAGCGGUGGUACCAACUGCAACUGUCUGAGAAGCAGCAGUUCAUCACGCGGUUUGUGCACAACUACAAGGUGCAGUACCCUCGAUCGAAGACGAACGUUUCGCUGAGGGAACUGUCGCAUGGGAUGGACCAAUUCCAGGACUCCCCCAGCGUUUUCGGGAUAUUCUACGAGGACAUCUGGCGGCGUGCAUUGGAACAAGGGGGUCCACGCACGGGGAGCCGGUUUGACCACCCGAGCUUCCUCAAGUUGCUCGUUGAGAGGCGGGAACCGCCCGAUUGA